AAACUCGUUUCGUGUUGUUCUAUGGAGAAUGAAAAGGGCAAAGGAGAAGGACCGAAGAAGGUAAAGGUAUUAAGCACAAGCUCACUCCAAAUUACCCAAAAUGAUGCCUUUCACUUGGUUGGUUCCAUCGUCGAAAAGGGUAUCUCUGACUCACAAAACAACCCCAUCAUUCCCUUUCACACUUUUCCCAAACCCACCGUUCUUCCUUUCCCCGUUGCACGCCACCGUUCACAUGGCCCUCAUUGGCGUCCGCUGAGUAGUAAAGGGAAUGAUGAUGAUAGGGAUGAUGAUAGUGACAACAAUCUUGAGGAUGAAGAAGAUAAAACUUUAACUGAGUUUGAGAAAGUUGCAGCCUUUGCUAAGCCAGUGCAAAGGAGAAGGAAAAAAGGUUUGGAUUUUAGAAAGUGGAAAGAGAUUACUCAGGAUGAUAAUUCUUCCUUGGGGAAGAAAUCAGAAGAGGAUGUGUCAAGCCUUAGCCAAACUACAGGGAAAAGGAAGAAUGAAAAAGGUGGUAAGAAUGCAGACAAGAAAACCUCAGCUUCUGAGGAUAAUGUUAUUGUUUUUAUGAAAGAGGAUGUUAAACCAAAGUUAGAUAACUCAGAUCAUGGGUUUAUCGAUUUAGCAACAACUAUGGAAUUAGAUACAUCAAAUAAAGUAGAUACUCAGGAAAAAGUUAAAUAUGCCAGAAUUUAUGAUGACAAGGAAGAAAAUGAAUCUGUGCCUGAAUUGGACCAAAUUUGCUCUGAUAGAAUGCCUGAUUACAAUUUUGGGUCCCUAGACGUGCAAGAGAAAGAGAAAACUUACUCGACUUCAAGUAUGCUGCCUUCUUCUGUUUCCAAUAACAUUAGAAGUGAAAAAGAGUCCAUGUCUCUUGAGAGUGAAAUAGAUGCUGAGAAUCGAGCUCGGAUCAAGCAAAUGUCGACUGAGGAGAUUGUCGAAGCCCGGGCUGAGAUAAUGGAGAAGAUCAGCCCUGGAUUACUAAAAGUACUACAGAAGAGGGGGCAGGAGAAAUUGAAGAAACACAGUAGUUUUAAAUCAGAAGUGGGUACUGGCUCAGUAUCUGUGAAUCAACACAUUCAUAGUGCUCAAGAUGCAAAAAGCUUGCAUACAGAGAAUGACAACUCUCAUACAGUUAUGACACCACCAUCCAAACAAAAGCUAGGUGAUGAGAAAAUCAGCUCAAAAACUUCAACCACUACUAAUAGUAGCCAAUGGAAUGCUUGGAGCAGUAGAGUUGAGGCAGUUAGGGAGUUACGAUUUUCCUUGGCUGGGGAUGUUGUUGAUUCUUCACUGGUUCCAGUGUACGAUAAUGUCGCUGAACGGGACUAUCUACGGACUGAGGGAGAUCCUGGUGCAGCUGGUUAUACAAUUAAAGAAGCAGUGGCACUCACUAGAAGUGUGAUUCCUGGACAAAGGGCCCUUGCAUUGCAACUCCUUUCAUCUGUGCUUGAUAAGGCAUUGCACUAUAUUUGCAAGGACAAAACAGGGCAUAUAUCAAAAAGUGAGAACAAAGUUGACAAAUCAGUUGACUGGGAGGCUGUUUGGGCUUUUGCACUGGGGCCAGAACCUGAGCUUGCUUUGUCACUCAGGAUAUGUCUUGAUGAUAACCAUAAUUCUGUUAUUCUGGCCUGUGCAAAAGUUGUUCAAUGUGUAUUGAGUUGUGAAGUGAAUGAUAACUACUUCGAAAUCUCAGAGAAGAUAGCAACUUAUGACAAGGAUAUUUUCACAGCUCCUGUUUUUAGGAGCAGACCAGAUAUGAAUGCUGGAUUCCUUCAGGGGGGGUUCUGGAAGUACAGUGCAAAACCUUCUAAUAUUCUUCCUUUUAGCGAGGAUUCUAUGGAUAAUGAGACUGAAGGGAAACAUACAAUUCAAGAUGAUGUAGUGGUUGCUGGGCAAGAUUUUACUGUAGGUCUAGUUCGCAUGGGAAUCCUUCCUAGACUUCAUUAUCUUUUGGAGACAGAUCCUACAACAGCUUUGGAAGAAUGUAUUAUUUCUAUACUGAUUGCCAUAGCGAGGCAUUCACCUACAUGUGCUAAUGCUAUUCUGAAAUGUGAAAGACUUAUUCAGAUAAUUGUGAAUAGAUUUACCAUCGACAAUUUAGAAAUUCGAUUUUCUAUGAUAAAGUCUGUAAGGCUCUUAAAGGUCUUAGCUCGGUUGGACCCAAAAACUUGUUUAGAGUUUAUAAAGAAUGGGUAUUUUCAGGCUAUGACUUGGAAUUUAUAUCAAUAUCCUUCCUCCAUUGACCACUGGCUAAAGUUAGGAAAGGAAAAAUGUAAACUUGGGUCUGCUCUGAGGGUUGAACAGUUGCGUUUCUGGAGGGUCUGCAUUCAAUAUGGAUAUUGUGUGUCUUAUUUCUCAGAAAUGUUCCCUGCCUUGUGUUUUUGGUUGAAUCCGCCUUCAUUUGAGAAACUUGUUGGAAACAAUGUACUGUAUGAAUGUGCUUCCAUCUCUAGGGAGGCAUACCUUGUUCUGGAGUCCUUGGCUGGAAGAAUUCCAGAUCUAUUUUCACAGCAGUGUCUAAACAAGCAACUUCCAGAGUCCACUGAUGACACAGAGGUCUGGUCAUGGAGUUACGUAGGUCCAAUGUUUGACUUAGCCAUAAAGUGGAUUGCAACCAGAAGUGAUCCAGAAGUAUGUAAACUGUUUGAGGGACAGGAAGAAGGGAGAUGUGAUACAUUCCGAGAUCUUUCUGUGACUAGUUUGUUGUGGGUGUAUGUCGCUGUGACUCACGUGCUUUUCAGAGUGCUUGAAAGGAUGACAUGUGGGGAUACUAUCAGCCCUCAGGAAACUGAAGGACAUGUCCCAUGGCUUCCAGAAUUUGUCCCAAAGAUUGGACUUGAGUUGAUCAAAUAUUGGCUUUUGGGUGAAUCUUUUAUGAAAGAAUUAACUUAUUUGAGGCAGAAGGGUGAUAUUGAAAUGUCUUUAGCUUCCACCUGUUGUCUAAAUGGAAUGGUCAAGCUUAUUACUACAAUUGAUAAUCUGAUACAGUCUGCCAAGAGUGGCAUCUGUAGUCUUGCAUGCGAAAAACAAAAUCUCUCAAGAGAAGGAAAAGUGCUUGAGGAUGGCAUCGUUAAUGGUUGUUUGGUUGAAUUAAGGUCUAUGCUUAAUUUUUUCAUAUUUUCAGUUUCUUCAGGGUGGCACCACAUACAAUCUAUUGAGUCGUUUGGAAGAGGAGGACCAGCUCCAGGAGCAGGAAUCGGAUGGGGUGCCCCAGGUGGAGGACUUUGGUCAAAAACAGUUUUAUUGGUGCAAACAGAUGCUAGGUUUCUUGUCUAUUUGCUGGAAAUUUUUGAAAAUGCAUCUAAAGAUGUCCCCAUAACUGAAGAAACAACCUUUGCUAUGCAAAGGAUUAACACUGCAUUGGGAUUAUGUCUAACUGCCGGGCCUAGAGAUAAGGUGGUUAUAGAAAAAGCAUUGGAGAUCUUGUUCCAUGUCUCUGUUUUCAAGUACCUUGAACUCUGUAUACAGAAUUUUCUCCUUAAUAGGAGGGGUAAAACCUUUAGGUGGCAAUACGAACAAGAGGAUUACUUGCACUUCAGCAAAAUGUUAUCAUCUCAUUUCAGGAGCAGAUGGUUGUCUGUAAAGCUGAAGGUUAAAGCUGUGGAUGGCAAUAGUUCCUCUGGCAUUAAGACCUCUCCAAAGGUUGAUGCUCGUUUGGAUACCAUAUAUGAGGACUCAGACAUGUCUUCCAUAACAAGUUCAUGCAAUGCUUCUUUAAUGACAGAAUGGGCUCACCAGAAACUACCACUUCCAGUUUACUUUUACCUUGGCCCAAUUUCAACAAUUUUGCAUACCAAGCGAGCUGCUACUAAAAAAGUUGAUAGUACACAUAACAUACACGAUCCUACUAAUUUGCUUGAAGUUGCCAAAUGUGGACUUUUCUUUAUUUUAGGUGUUGAAGCAAUGUUCAAUUUUCAAGGCAGUGACAUUUUUUCUCCUAUUCAGCAAGUAUCAUUGACAUGGAAGUUACAUUCCUUAUCUGUCAAUUUCCUUGUUGGAAUGGAAAUGCUUGAACAAGAUCAGGGCAGGGAUACUUUUGAAGCUUUGCAGGAUCUUUAUGGUGAGCUUCUUGACAAGGCAAGGUUUGACCAAAGUAAAGCAGUUAUAUCGGAUGAUAAAAAGGAUCUCGAGUUUCUGAGAUUCCAACAAGAGAUUCAUGAAAGUUACUCAAUUUUUAUUGAAGACCUUGUAGAGCAGUUUUCUGCUAUAUCUUAUGGUGAUGUGAUUUUUGGCCGGCAAGUUUCACUAUAUCUACACCGUUGUGUUGAAUCUUCCAUUCGACUUGCUGCCUGGAAUACACUGUCUAAUGCUCGUGUUCUUCAGCUUUUGCCACCUUUAGAGAAAUGUAUUUCUGGGGCCGAAGGAUACCUUGAACCUACUGAGGAUAAUGAAGAAAUUUUGGAGGCUUAUACCAAGUCGUGGGUUUCUGAUGCCCUUGACAGGGCUGCAAUUCGAGGAUCAGUUGCAUAUGCUCUGGUGGUUCAUCAUCUUUCCUCCUUUAUAUUUCAUGCGUGUCCCAUGGAUAAUUUAUUGCUGCGAAACAGACUUGCUAGGUCUCUCUUGCGAGAUUAUUCUAGGAAACAGCAACAUGAGGGAAUGUUACUGGACCUCAUUCACCAUAACAAGCCACCAACAUCAGACAUGGGUGAGCAGAUGAAUGGUCUAGUGCAUGAGAAGAGUUGGUUAGAGUCCAGAUUUGAAGUAUUGGUUAAGAGUUGUGAAGGAAAUUCCUCUCUUUUGAGAGUAGUAAAGAAGUUAAAGGCUAUUGCAGAAAAGAGUUCACAGUGAGGUAACCCAUAUUAAAUGCAUGUAAAUAUAUGUUUAAGAUAUACAUAAAAGAUUUAGAUUCUGGGAAUGGGGUCUCAAAUGUACUGAUUGGAGCAUAUUCGGUGUUAGAAAGGAGUCUCCUGAUUUGUUUUUUUGUUUUUUUUUUCCUUUUCAAGAUUUUGGGAACAAAGUUCAAAGACAUGCAAUGUAUAUAAUGAAUGGAUGAGAGUAUUGCAGUUUUGACUGACGUAAUGGUUAAAAAGACCCAUGGCUACACUACGUUUUUGGCCACUCGUCUUUCCAUAUUUUAUUUUGAGAUUCAAAAUUAAUGUUCAAUGUUGAAAGUUAACUGAAAGUUUACAAUAUGGAGUAUAUGAAGGAUUGCAUUUGUUUGCUCCACAACUAUGCUUGAUGAUUUUUUAUCUAGCAUGUCCAUAUUUGAAGUUCUUUACAUGUAACAAUUGAUGAUCAAUUGUUUGAUAUAUGUAUAUAAAAAUUAACGGCUUGAAUUAAUGACCAGAAACUGGUGAGAUAUAUAGAAUAAUUUUUAAAAUUAUAUGUACACUCUACAUGUGAGUUGUAGAAGCCAACAUAGAGCAGUGAAAUUAGAAAAUGAUUUCCCAUCAAUCCUCCGAACAACUUCCUUACAAGAAAUCAAUCCUCUGUAGCUACCUCCCUUUCUUACAAGAAAGAUGAAAGAGGGCUUGCAGUCACCUCCUGGAAAUACCAAUACUUGCUUUGUAAUAUUUUAAAACUAACAAUAAACCCUUUCUAUCCUGUCAUUUGGUUCCUCAUCCAUGUGAUUGUGAGGAACUUUUGUCCUUCCUCGUGCUAAAAUCCAGCAAAUUUGUUAUUUCUUAAAGCAGUUUGGUGACAAUGUUUCUUAAAAGAUAAAUUUUAUUUUUAUAACUAGGAGGAAUAAAAGAGAGAAAUCUAAAAGUGAUGUUUAGAGAUAGGUGAUGUUAAUGUGAAAUAGAGAAAACAUAAUUAUACUAGGUGUAAAUGAUUUUUUUUCUGGGUCUAAAACAUGACUUCUUUUUUAGUGUAGGUGACAUAUUGGGAUUUUGGGAACGUUAACAAUUAUUCUCUUUUUGAGUCAGUGUGACUACAAAUAUAACCCUUUCUUGAAAUAUAUGAAGUGAUAUUGACAGUGUGUGCUUGAAAUUAGGUUAAAAAACUAUAAACAUAAAUUUAACGUUGAAAUGAUGAUUGGUAAAGUUCAGGUAAAUAUAAAUUUAUAUUUAUUUAAAUGUGAGUGAUAAUAGAAACAUGAAUAGAUCUCCACGCUAGACUAGUCUGACUUGGUUUGUAAUGGGUUCACAACGAGACCAAUGACGUGGACAAAGUUAGCAUAGCUUUAUUGAUGCCAAGACAAAAAAUAAAAUAGAUAAAAUACUUGAUUGGUGCAUGUACUAAAAAAGAAUUAAUUUUAUAAUCCACUAUGUUACAUUAAUUAUUCCUUUUAUAAAUGAUUUAUUGGACAUUAACUAAUUAACUUUAAACAUUGAUUGAUUAAAUGUUAUUCAUAAUUGCCUAUAUGCAUUGUUUGUGAUCGAUUAUAACACAAAUUUUCACAACUAAGGUGUAUACAAGUAUGUUUGUUGAUCCGGGAUGUCCAAGAGGGUUCAAUGUUUUGUUAACACCUUUAAGCUACUUACGAUCCAAUAUCUAAACAAGGUCAAAGGUUAUACUCUGGAAUUCAUUGCACGGCAUAUAUUUGCACAUUUCACUUUCCAUGGAGCAUACCCCAGAGGAUUACUGACAAUAGGUCAUUUUUAUUAUCAUAUGGUGCACAUAAUCUUUUGUAGUUAUAUCACACUCUUAUACUUUACUGUUAUUCACACUUGAGUUUCAUAUAAUCAGUAAAACAUACUCACAUAAGAUAUGUGAUAUAUUUAUGUUGUUAUUCUGUUGAUAAAAAAAAUUGACUUGAGUGUUAGAAUGUUUAUAUAAACACACCACCUCCUUGCCAUAACAACUUCACAUGUACCAGUGUUAUAGCCACUUUUUUCUGAACCUCAUAGGGCUCAACUUAAACACCAUGUCAUGUGUAUUAACCCUUUUCUGUUUUUUGUCAUGUGUAGUGAUCCUUUUUAAAAUAUAAAAUCCCAAGAAUUAUAGUUUUACGAACUCUGUUAUUAUAGAAUGCGGCAAAUUAUACUCUCAAACGCAUCUAACGUUACAGCCACAAUCGUCUUUGGUACUUAAAACCUCACUUUGUUAUUUUUACUUCUCAACAACUUGUAAGCUAUAUACAUAGCCUAGUACCGAAGUUAUAUAGUUGAGUCAACACUUUUGGCAUUAAACACUUGGUUUCGUUCCCUGAUAACGAUUCUUCGGAUACUCCUCAACCACUGUAGUUGUGUGAUAAUAGAGUAAAACUGAUGUACCCAGAAGAGUGAUUCGAUGUUAAUCGAAGCACAAGAAAGAAUAAAGUAUUGAAAUAAAUUGAUAUUAGAAAACAAAUCAAAUGAGAAUGUUAAUGAGAUUAAAAAUACAUCUCAACCGUUAAAUUUAUUAGGAAUAAUCAAAUUACAAAAUUUUAAUACUUAUCAUAUAACUUUAAUUCAUUUUAAAUUUUAAUUAUUUUAUAUGACAUAAUUUUUAUCCUCGUAUAAAUAUGACAUUCUCAUCAAAUUUAUGGCCAUGUAUACUUGAAUUUACCUUCGUUAUCUAGCCAUUUAUUUUAUUAUUAUUAGAUCCCUGUAAAUUUUGUUUGUGAUAUGCCAUUACCUUAAAUGCAUGAUAUCUUAAAUCCAAUGACAGUAUCAAACACGAUGCAUUUCCCUGCCAUUGAUAAUUCGGGUUUUGGAUCUCAAUGAGUAAAUAGGUUGUUUCCAAUUUUCGGGUUUUUAAUUCUAUACAGUAGCAAGUACGUGUAAGUUCUAACAAGUCCAUAUUUGCUCAGGAUAUAUUAGGCAAAAUCAAAAGAUAAG